AUGUCAACCCCAGAAAAGCGAUCUGCACCAGAUCAGUCCAAUUUAACCGGCCGUCAAAAACGACGAGCAAAGAACAGUAAUGCACGAAAAAUCGGCACGCCAAAGGAAUUCAUAAACACGUUGGCAAAAGAUGCUCCACGAGUUGCAGGUGCGAUCCGUGCCGAUGAAUUUACAGCAGCGCGUUUACAAGAGAUCAAUGCCAUGCAGACAGCUAUCAGAAAUGCAGGAAACGCAUUAAAUACCCUUACAUUCCAAGCGUUGCCGCGUGAUAUGCGACGACGUGCAGCUAGUCACAAGCUUACACGUCUUCCGGCUCAUUUACGAGCUAGAGCAGCACGUGAGAUGGAAAAUAGUCCUCCUACAAAAAGGAAAACUCGACGAGGAAAACGUCAAAACAAGGAUGAUGUCGUGUCCCGCGAGUAUCUUAGACGGCAAAAGGAAAACAAGUGGAUGGAAACGCACAUAUAUCACACGAAGCGGAUGCAUAUGAAUAACAUCUGGGGAUAUCGCUUGGCUGCUCGUCCAAAUGUCAAAUCAGCAAGAUCCUUGUAUCGAGCAUUUCAGCAUACGUCUAUCAUUCAUGAUGCGUCAUACGUGGGAUGUCUUGAACUAGUUGGCAAGCAGGAGGAUAUCGUCUAUAUCGUGAACACAGUGACAGAUGUCACUCUUCCAUCUGUUGGAAGCGAAAGAUUUAUCAAAGGAAACCGGAUCGGUCAUACACACAUAUAUGAAUAUAUGAACUGUCCAUCCAACCCAAUCUGCCCAGUCUCAUUUUUAUGGAAGCCAACAAUGCAAUGCAAAAGUGAAGGUGAAAAUGUCCAUACGUUGUGGCUAUGGAUUCAUCCUUCAGCCUUUGAGUGUGUCCUAAAGCAGUUGAAACAUGCUCGCGAACAAACAAAAUUAGAUGCUGUACGUGUUAACGACCUUCGAGACGAGUUCAUUCGUUUUGAUCUAUCCGGUGCUCGGACGACGGCUCUUUUACAGGCCAUCGUUAAACCAGUGGAAGAGAGCAAUCAGGUUGACAAGGAUGCUUCCUCAACGUAUAAAAGUAGCAAAGUCUGGCGGGACUUGUACCAUUUGCGUUCGGCAAGCUCAAUACCCCCAGGAUCAGUCAUCGGACUUACUGUCCAAGAUCCUCGCUUAGCUUUUGCACAAAAGGUUCAUGAGCGGACAAACCAAGUACCUCCGGAGGCUGAUAGCCGGCUCACAGAAUUGUUUGCUCAAUGGCCUGAAGACAUCGCUUAUUCGGAUAUCUGGGAUGAGAACAUUCGCAAAAAGCUUCUCGAAAGUUUGCCCUCGGAACAUGCACUGGCAAAACGGCGAGAAGAGAAUCUUCUGCCCGGAACAAAACUCGAGUUCAAACCUAACGACGGCGAUGUUCAAAUCCCUGUCUUGCUUGUUCAACGCAGUCAAGGACAAGGUCACAGUAGGAAUAAACGCCGCGGCGAGCAAGACACAUGCAAAACCGAGCUAUUGGAAGGAUGGACAUUGUUUUUGCCAAAGGGUUGCGCUAUGCCGUUUUGGAAAUCGUUUAUGUUUGCUGGAGCACGUGUAGCCGGUUAUGAGGAUUUGCAUGCACUCUAUUUCGAAAGUGGAGUACCAUGCUACCCUUACGAUUAUCUUGGCUCGCGUGCGUGUGAAGAUGCGCGCAACAUGGCAAAACAUGAAGCAGAGAGCGCAUGGCUGCGACGACCUCCGGCAAAACGUCUCAACUAUGCCAAGUUAGGCGUGGAACGGCCAUUUGAUGCUGCUUUUGAUACUCUGACGCUCGUCAGCGCAACCACUAAAACAGUCGCAAUGCUCACAGAUGAUACUAGUGGUGGGGACGAAACAAAGCCGGGACCAGACUUUUAUUUGCUGCAUGGACACAAGGCCGUGUCCGUCGUACUAUCCGCUAAAACAGACGAUGAAGCACAGUCGGCGCUCCUGGCAUAUCUUGCAGAACUGUAUACGAAACGUGGGUUGAAGCCCAUUGCAACUCUGCCGUUUGAUGCAGCUUUGAUACAAGUGCGCUUAGAAUUUUUUGAUCGUGGACGACCCGAAGCGAAUGCCAUGAUUUAUCUUAUCACUGAUGAUGCCGAAUACGAGACGCAAACAAGUUAUAUCCGUAACAGAGAACCUGGUCUAAAGAAUAAGAAGAAACUGCUGGAAAGCUUAGAAGAUGAUGAGGAAGCUGCCGCGAUGGCAGUGGAUGAAAAGGAGAAGCUAAAGUUCCCUCCCCCAGACGAUCUCAUCGGGUACCUCACCACGGCAAAUUUCUCUUUUCAUGCAGGUUGCGGAUCUGGUUUGGGUGCCUGCACUGCACGUGGCAUGCGUCGGCUGCAAGAGCUAGAUAAUAGUCGACAGAGAGAAAUAAAAACGGUUGUUCUUGUGCGCAAUACGAAGGCACUCCAGUGCAGACCUGCAAAACUACAGUUUCUUCCAUAA